CACACAAUAAAACAUCACCACCAUUGACUCGAACUGAGUCAGUUCACCACUGAUGCUCAGGCCGUCCAGUCUUCCAGGGAGCCAGACAAACAUCCAAAAUGCCAGUCGACUACACCGGGACAUGGGACAUCGUCAGCAAUGUCAACUUUGAGAAAUACAUGGUCGCAUUGGGCAUUGAUUUUGCAACGCGGAAGAUUGCCUCUGUGUUGAAGCCCCAGAAAGUGAUUAAGCAAGAUGGAGACCGUUUCACAAUCCAGACCUUCACUACUUUCAGGAAUUAUGAGUUUUCAUUCAAAAUUGGAGAAGAGUUCGAAGAGCAGACCAAAGGAAUGGACAACCGGAUGUGCAAGACUGUGGUCAACUGGGAAAAUGAUAAACUCGUGUGUGUUCAAAAAGGAGAAAAGAGGAACCGAGGCUGGACUCACUGGAUUCAGGGAGAUGAGCUCCACCUGGAACUUACUUGUGAAGACCAAGUCUGCAAGCAAGUUUUUAAAAGAACUCUGUAAUCUUUCCUUUGUAGUAUUUCCAUAAAAUGAGUUAAGCUACAUAAUGUAGCUGUCAUACUGAA